AUGAACGCAGACAGCAUCGUUGUUAUCACGGGCGGCGAGCUGGUUGAGCAGGGUAGCCACGAGGAUCUAAUCCGGGCGAAUGGCAAGUAUGCAGACCUGUGGGCCAAACAGAUCUUUGUACGACCAAAGGACAAGGAGGAGGCCGAGGACAAGGCAGCAGUGAAGGAAGCCAAGACGCCCACUAUUCUCAACGAUUUGACAGCCGAAGAGACCAGCUCGGAGCUUGCCAAGGUCAACAGCACACCGGCGUUGAGCACAAUGUCCAACGAGCACUCCAAGGAUUCGGCUUCGUCGAGCGGCAGCAGCAGCAGUGACGAAACCCAUGUCGAGGUCCGCUCGAGAUCAGCCUCGUUCUCAGGGCACACGAAAGAGGUAUAG